AUGUCGGAUGCGAAGAGCCACUGUCGUUCGGAUCCUCCGGACGUCUACAUCAUGCAGAGUGAAAGCUUGAAGCAUUGGGAAAGCAUCUCUGCCGACGUCAGCGGCAUGCUGGGUGGUGUGCCUGUGGUGGACGGUUUCUGUUCCUUCAACAAAAUUGACUUGCAAGGUUCGCGCGCGUUUCUGGCAAAGCUGGGUAUUGGUUUGAAAAACGGUCGAUCCAGGGUCAAACUUGCCCUUGAGGGCGGAGCAGGCAUUGGCCGCAUCACCACUGGACUGCUUCUCGAUAUUGCUGAGCAAGUUGAUGUAGUGGAGCCGAUCGCUAGAUUUACCGCUUCUUUGCAAGAAACCUCUGGCAUUAGAUCCAUUUACAACAUCGGCUUGGACAGAUGGCACCCAGAACCAGGCGUUAGAUAUGACUUGAUUUGGACUCAAUGGUGUCUUGGACAUUUAACCGACGAGCAGCUAGUUCAAUAUCUGCAAAGAUGCGUAACCGCUCUGACGCCGGGUUGCGGUCUUAUUAUUAUUAAAGAGAAUUUAAGUACAAGUGGCACUGAUGCCUUUGACCAUGUGGACAGCAGUGUCACAAGGGAAGAUUCCAAGUUCCAAGCUCUAUUCAAACAGGCCAACUUGCGGAUUGUCAGGACUGAAAUGCAAAAAGGGCUUCCAAAGGUUCCGCAGAGAAAGUUGCUUCCUAUCAAGAUGUAUGCGCUGAAGCCGCAGGAAUGA